AGUUUGAAACCACUGUCUGUUGACUUGACAUAUUGCAAUACCCUGUUUUUAAAUCAACGAAUAUAUGUUACCCCGCGGAUAAAGGCAAACUGGCGUUAGAUGAGUGAUGAAAAAGGUUGUAGAAUCAUUUUCAAAUAUAUUCCCAAAAUUUCUGUUGCAACUAUAGAAAAGGUGAUACAAACAUCGAACGUAGGUCCCAUUUAUGUUGUCACCCUGCGUAAUAGUAUAAUAUAUAGUUGAAAUAUGACGUUGGAAAUACCAGUGUCCUGAUGCAAGUUUCUGUAUUUGCUGCAUAAUUUUUCCAAUUUUUUUUAAAAUCAUUACUUACAAUCAUAUUUUUGAGACCAUAAUCAAAAACACAACAUUUUUCCAUUAAUGCCUCAACAAGACCUGGCCACGUUUUUCUGGUGCGUCAUAUCCUGAUAGUAAUACCUGAUAAAAGGGGGGAACAGUGGUGUGAACCAAUGGGAAGAGUCGUUUCAUAGCAAGUUGUGUUGGACAGGUUAGCACAUUUCGUCAGAGUCAGACCGUUAACGGCCAGUGGGCUGUAUGCAACUACUACUGUUGUGGAGAACUGAAUGUGAUUUGGCGACAAAAACUCGACAGAACAGUACAGAGUCUGGUUUGCCGGUAUUUUCCGAGAUACAGCAGGUGGCUGGGAAACAAGCAACAUGUUGGGGAAAAGGAUGUUGCUGUCAGCUUUUGUGAUGUUUGUCGCAAUACGCGAAACGACCCAGCAGUAUCCGCCAGAACCCCCACCACCACCGCCCCCACCACCGCCGCCCCCACCCCUACCUACUGGCUGUGAGUACAAGGGCCAGAUUUAUCCAUUUGGCACGUGGAUAGAGGAGCCGGGAUGCUUUAAGCAAGGUGUAUAUUGUGACCUAUCGCCGGGUGAAAUCCUUACCUUGAACACCUUUGGACUUGGAUGUUGUGAAUAUAAUGGACAGUACUAUGAAGACGGGGAGACCCUCACCAGACCUGACGGUGUGACCUGUCACUGUGAGGGGAGCAAAACUGUCCAUCAGGCUGCUCCGAUGAUAUGCCCAGAGACGACCCCAACGACACCACCACCGCCGCCCCCACCACCCCCGCCCCCACCACCACCGCCCCAACCACCGCCGCCCGAACCCGAUUACUGUGAGUGGGAAGGGCAAAGGUAUCCAUUUGACACGACGAUGCAAGAGCCGGGCUGUUUUCGGCCAGGUUUAGUUUGUGUCCAAAAUAACGACGGAUCGGCUGGAUUACUUGUCUUGGACAGCUAUGGGCAUGGAUGUUGUGAGUACGAUGGAGAAUACUACAAGGACGGGGAGAACGUCACCAGGCCUGAUGGUGUCACCUGCUACUGUGUAGGGAGCGAAACUUGGCAGGCUGCUCCGAUGAUCUGCCCAAAUUGCUCCGCUGAUGUUGUGUUCGUCGUUGACGACUCUUCAAGCAUCACUUCGAGCAGUGUCGCCAAGAAUUACAUGAAAGCUUUCCUCCAAUGUUUCAAUAACCAAGAUGUCGGGGUUGGAGUAAUUCUUUACCACUGCGUCCCGAGGACGGCCAUUCCCCUGGGUACCUACACAGUGAGUGACCCUGCACUACCCGGUCACAUCAACAAUCUAACCAGGGAAGGAGGAUUCAGUCGGACCGGUCUAGCUAUCAGCUUCAUGACAUAUACGUCCAAUUUCCGUGAAGGGGCCAAUCGUGUAGCAGUAGUCCUGACGGAUGGAACUACUCAAGGCGACGGACAGGAAUAUGUAAUGGACGACUAUGCUGUACAAGCUGACACCGCUAGAGCCGCAGGAAUCACAGUGUACAGCGUUGCCAUUGGAAACCCACGUUUUGUGGACCUAGCUGCGCUAGUUUCCAUUGGUGGCGGCCCCGAAAACGUUUUCAGACCCGCCAACCCCUGCGAGGUUGCAAACCGCAUAAUACAGGACCUGUGUGGUACAGAUAUAGAAACGACCAUACCGCCGACCACACCGACGACGACCACACCCAAACCGACCACACCUGAACCGACCACACCCGAACCGACCACACACCCCGAACCGACUACCCCCUUUUUUGGUUGCGUAUACGAAGGGGAACGAUAUCCUCCGGGAGAAAUAAUAGACAUGGUUCUAGACUGUGGGGGGCACAUUACAUGGUGUGAUCGCGACGGCAACUUAGUAAUUGACGACUACUAUGGACCCUCGUGUGAUACAACAACGCCACCUAUCGAAGAAACGACAACAACAGAAACGACAACGCCAACAACUUCAACAACAACUCCAACACCCAAUCCUAUCGGCUGCGAGUAUGGAGGGAAAUUCUACCCUGCGGAGUCUUCAAUAGUGUGGAUACCGGGGUGUACGGGGGGCGACUUAUACUGUGACGAAGAGGGAACGAUCCUUGUCGGGUACGACUUUGGAUACGGAUGUUGUUACCACAAUGGUCUGUACUACGGUGCAGGACAGGUCUACACUGAAGGCAGUGUGACUUGUUACUGCGAGGGGAGCAGUAGUAACCAAGCUGAUCCUAUGAUCUGCGAAGACCAUGGUACGACCACACCGCCACUACCACCACUGCCGCCGACAACGCUAUCUAUCUGUGAUAGCUUAUGGGGAGGCUGGUGUUGCGAGUACAAUGGACAGCUCAUCGGACACGGGGAAGGAUUCACCAGGCCUGACGGUGUGAGUUGUUACUGUAAGGCCACUAUAGGGAAUGGCGAUGGUGUACCUGUUCCUCUGACCUGCGAAGAAAACACGACCAUACCGCCGACAUGGCCGCCAACACCGCCACUACCGCCGACAACGCCACCUAUCGGCUGUGAGUAUGGAGGACAGUUCUACCCACCAGGGACGACAAUAGAGGAGGUUCCAGGCUGUAUGGGACACGGAGUGCUCUGUGACCAAGACGCCCAGAUCCUUGUCUGGGACAACUUUGGAUUCGGAUGCUGUGAGUACAACGGACAGUACUACGAAGACGGACAGGCCCUCACCAGACCUGACGGUGUCACCUGUCACUGUGUGGGGAGCGACAAUCACGAACCCGCUCCUAUGAGCUGCGAGGAGCCAACAUGGCCGCCACUCUGUGAGUACGACGGAGAGUUCUACCCCCCAGGAACAACAAUACACGAGACACCAGGCUGUAUGGGAGGCGGUGUACGUUGCGAAGAUAACGGCCAGAUCCUUAUCUGGGACAACUUUGGAUUCGGAUGCUGUGAGUACAAUGGACAGUACUAUGAAGAUGGGGAGACCUUCACCAGACCUGACGGUGUGACCUGCUACUGUGAGGGGAGCGACAAUGCUGAACCCGCUCCUAUGGUCUGCCCACCGCCACCACCGCCACCACCGCCACCACCGCCGCCCCCGACAACAUGGCCACCGGAGCCAACUUCAGGCUGUGUUUACGGCGGGCAAUUCUACCCUCCAGGAGCGACAAUAUACGAAACGCCAGGCUGUAUGGGUUACGGUGCAUUUUGUGGCGAUGACGGCCAGAUCAUUAACUGGGACAACUUUGGAUUUGAAUGUUGUGAGUACAAUGGACAGUACUACAAAGACGGGGAAGGAUUCAUCAGGUCUGACGGUGUGAGCUGUUACUGUGUGGGGAGUGACAAUUACGAACCCGCUCCUAUGGUCUGCGAAGGCUGCGAACAUGAUGGACAAUGCUACAACGAUGGAGACACCCUCGUCAGAGCUGACGGUGUGAUGUGUCGUUGUGAGGGCAGCGCUGAUGUGACACCCGCCCCUAUGGUCUGCGAUGAGCCAACCCCGGCGCCGGGCCCACCGCCGGCACCCCCGCGUUACUGUGAGUACCUGGGACAGUUCUUCCCUCCAAAUACAACAAUACAGGAGCCAGGCUGCAUGAGGAGUGGUGUGUUGUGUGACCAUAAUGGAGUGCUCUUUCCCGUGGACAGCUUUGGUUACAACUGUUGCGAGUUAAAUGGAGAAUUCUUUGAAAACGGGGUUUACACCACCAGACCUGACGGUGUGGAGUGCUACUGUGUGGGGAGCAACACUUCCUUACCUGCGCCUAUGGUCUGCAACGGAACGGUAGAGCAACACUCACCCGACUGUGAGCACGGAGGGCGAUACUAUUCCCCAGGGGAAACCAUCUACGAUAACCACGUCUGUAUGGGCAGCAAGGCAACAUGCGGGUAUGACAACGGCCAAGUGAUCAAGCAUGAAUACUUGGGAUACGGAUGUUGCCUGCAUAAUGGAGAGUACUACAAAACCGGGGAUACCGUCACCGUAGGCGAUGUGAUCUGUCGCUGUGUGGGGAGCGAAAAUGCAACGCCGGCUCCUAUGAUCUGCGAAACACCCUAGCCUGUGUGACACCAUCUCUGCCUGUCACCAAUAGGAGCUUAGGAUUCUAUAUCACUAUGGAAAUCGGUCCAAUAGGAGCUCAGGAUUCUAUAUCACUAUGGAAAUCGGUCCAAUAGGAGCUCAGGAUUCUAUAUCACUAUGGAAAUCGGUCCAAUAGGAGCUCAGGAUUCUUUAUCACUAUAAAAUAUGUCUAAUAGGAGCUCAGGAUUCUUUAUCACUGUGACAAUCAGUCCAAUAGGAGCUCAGGAUUCUUUAUCUCUAUUCAAGUUAGUCCAAUAGGAGCUCAGGACUCUUUAUCGUUAUGAAAA